CAUGUCUUCUUCUUCUCUUUCUCGAGGAAACUUGAGCUACUGGGUUUCAAUAAAACCUCAAACAUGGCAAAUCUUAUCAAAUCAAACUAAUCCUUCAAUAAACAAUACCAAUCAAACUCUAAUCGAAUUUCAACAAAAAUACAAUCAAACUUUAAUCAAAUUCAAACAAAAAUGCAAUCAUAUUAUAAAUCAAUCUCUAAAUUUAUUAACAACUGGAAAUGAAAAUCGAAAGAAAAACGAAAAAACAAGAACCAGCUUUCCAAGCAAAGCUGUGUUCGGUUGAAACCCAGACUUCACUGGGUUCCAGCGAACCCAGCCUUGGCUGGUCUACGAACCCAGCCAAGGCUGGGUUUCCACCGAACCCAGCCUUGCUGGGUUUCAACCAAACCCAGCAAUUGAAAAUUUCUCUUUCUCUAUUGAAUCUACAACAAGAUAAUAGAUAAUUAGCAAGCAUACAAGCAUAUUUUGCAUCGACAAGUAAGAACAACUUAAUUACCAGUUUUCCAAGUCUCUAGCUGCUUCUUGACUGCCAAAGCUUGGAACUUUACUGGCCAAAACCGGAAACCGAAACGGAAAUUUUUUGUUUUCCGCAAGGAAUAGUGAGAGAGUUUAGGGUUUUGACUAGUAGCAAUAACGGGCAAAGGCGAAG